AUGGCCCCAAUCAAAAUCGGAUUCGUCGGCCUCUCCAACUCCGGACGGGUCCGGUCAUUGGGCGGGCGCUUAGCCGAAGCGCUCAGUGUGACGUACGAUGACAUCGUCGCCGUGUCCAAUUCCUCUGACGCCUCUGCCCCCAAUUCCGCGGACAAGUAUGGCAAGAUCCUUGGACACACCGUCGCCACGUACUCUGGCGGCACGACGAAGAUCGCCUCCGAUUGUUCGAUCUCUGGUCGGGCUGCAAGGACACUAAUCAAGGACAUCAUCGCCAGUGGGAAGAUUGGGGCCGUGCUCUCUGCGAGUGUGGUAUGCUUGGAGGUUUUAGUUGAAGGAAAGAUGGGGACUGUUCCUCGAGAGGUCGGGGCAUGGGGCCCUGUUAUUUCCGAAAGCAGCAGCUACAAUGCAGAUGGGAAGAACGGCGCCAACCAUGCUCAGCAUCAUCAUCGGACACUUCCUCGACAUGGUGACCCAGGCUCUGGGCGAUUUCACAGCUUGAACUUGACAGUGGCUGCCAUCGAGCCCGACCAUAUCUCCAUCUCCGGCGUCCUCGCGUCCAAGGCCUUCUUCAAUGCCGUCUGGCGCCCGGGGGAGGAGGGCACCAUCCGCGUACGCGUCGAAUCCGGCCAUUUGAUGGGGGCGGCGAUGCACGUCGUUGACGCGGAGCUCUAUGUAAACAGAGAGAAGGUCGAGUAUCGCGAGCCUGAGCCAGGGGCCCUUUGA